CCGACUCCCCGCUUACGUAACCGCCGGGCCAGGAGGGCCGCUGGCGGGCGGGCGGGGGUCUGGCGCCGGCUCGCAGAGCUUUCUGCGCUUGACGCUUUCUUGGCUGGAAUGGCCUUGGCGAGAGGUGUGCAGGAGGUCUUUGGCCUUACUCAUAAUGCAGACGAUGACAACACACACUGAAACUCUGCGAGCUUCGUUUUGGAGCCCAACAUGAAUGGAUAUGCAGAAUUUUCCCCGAGUGCCACCAAAGAGCCCAUGGACCCCCAGCCCAGUCAGGCCUUGCUCCAGGAAGACGUGGACAUGAGCAGCGGCUCAAAUGAAACCAAUGAAAGCAGCUCCGCGGGGCGGGACUCGCAGGGCAGUGACUGCGACGACGGGAAGGAGCUGAGGAUGCUGCUGGAGCCCCCUGACACCCUGCAGGGCCCCGGGGCCUUUCACCUUCAGAUGAUGGAGCCUGAGCGCAACCCAUCUACCAGUGGCUGCAGCAGCGAGCAAUCUGCCAAAGCAGACACGCACAGAGAGCUGAUAAGAACGCUGCGGGAGCUGAAGGUCCACCUCCCUGCAGACAAGCAGGCCAAGGGCAAGGCCAGCACCCUGGCGACCCUCAAGUACGCCCUGAGGAGCGUAAAGCAGGUGAAAGCAAAUGAGGAGUAUUUCCAGCUGCUCCCGUCCAGCGAAGGCCAGCCCUGCAGGGCAGACGUGCCCUCCUACGCCGUGGAGCAGGUGGGGGGCGUCGCCUCCGAGCACCUCCUGAAGAAUGCGGAUAUGUUUGCUGUGGCCGUGUCCCUGGUUACGGGGAAGAUCCUGUACAUCUCUGACCAAGUCACAUCCGUGUUCCGUUGUAAGAAAGAUGCCUUUGGCGACGCCAAGUUUGUGGAGUUCCUGGCACCGCAAGAUGUCAGCGUGUUCCACAGCUUCACCACCCCUUGCAAGCUUCCGCCCUGGAGCACGUGCAGUGGAGUAGAUUCUUUUACUCAAGAGUGCAUGGAGGCGAAAUCUUUCUUCUGCCGUCUGGGCGUCGGGAAGAACCACGAGAACGAGAUCCGCUACCAGCCUUUCCGCAUGACGCCCUACCUAGCCAAGGUGCAGGAGCAGCCGGCUGCUGAGAGCCAGCUCUGCUGCCUGCUGCUGGUAGAGAGGGUGCACUCCGGCUACGAAGCUCCUAGAAUUCCUCCUGAGAAGAGAAUUUUUACAACUACACAUACACCAAAUUGCUUGUUCCAGGACGUGGACGAAAGAGCGGUCCCCCUCCUGGGCUACCUACCUCAGGACCUGAUCGAGACACCUGUGCUCCUGCAGUUCCACCCCAGUGACAGGCCCUUGAUGCUCGCCAUCCACAAAAAGAUCCUGCAGUCCGGCGGGCAGCCUUUCGACUAUUCUCCCAUCCGCUUCCGCACCCGGAACGGGGAGUACGUCACCCUGGACACCAGCUGGUCCAGCUUCGUCAACCCGUGGAGCAGGAAGAUUUCCUUCAUCAUCGGGAGGCACAGAGUCAGGGUGGGCCCUUUGAACGAGGACGUGUUUGCGGCGCUCCCAUGUGCAGAGGAGAAGGCCCUGCAGCCCAGCGUCCAGGAGCUGACGGAGCAGAUCCACCGGCUGCUGCUGCAGCCGGUCCCCCACAGUGGCUCCAGUGGCUACGGGAGCCUGGGAAGCAACGGGUCCCACGAGCACCUCAUGAGCCAGACCUCCUCCAGCGACAGCAAUGGCCACGAGGAAUCUCGCCAGAGGAGAUCCGAGAUUUAUGAGAAUGGUACCAAGACCAAAAGCAGAGGUCGUUUUCCUCAUGAAUUUGGAGAACAAAAGAAAGCAUCUGGUACAGAAAUUCAGAGUCUCCCAGCCACAGAAGAGGACAGUCUGGGGGCCAGCGUGCCUAGGGCUGGCAUCCCCGAGGAGCUGGCCUGCAAGGACCAACCCGCCUGCUCCUACCAGCAGAUCAGCUGCCUGGACAGUGUCAUCAGGUACCUGGAGAGCUGCAGCGAGGCCGCCUCCCUGAAGAGGAAGUGUGAGUUCCCCGCGAACAUCCCGUCGCCAAAGGCCACAGCCAGCCCGGGGCUGCGCCCAGCAGGGCCACCACAGACCCCGAGCAGCGGCAUCCCUGCCGAGGACUCGAAUGUGCACGCGAGGCCGCUCCUGCUUUGGAAUUCCCUCUUCUCACCUUUCUCCAUUGAAGGGACACAGCACAGGCACCAGGCCUGUGUGACUCUCAUGCAGCCGCCCGUCCCACAAAGCCUGCGCCUGUUCCUUCCGUUGUCUCUGCAGGGGUGGUGUCACCCUCCAAGCCAGUGCAGCUACAGCAGCACCAUCGUCCACGUGGGAGACAAAAAGCCGCAACCCGAAUCAGAGAUGGUGGAGGAGGCGGCGAGCGGGCCCGAGUCCCUGGACUGCCUGCCCCACAGCGUCAGCCAGGAGAAGGGGCCCCUGCAGGCGCUGGGCCUCACCAAGGAAGUGCUGGCUGCACACACGCAGAGGGAGGAGCAGAGCUUCCUGCAGAAGUUCCGCGGGGCCAGGAGACUGGGGCCUCUCCAGGCGCACGGCCACUGCUACUCACGGGAGCAACCCCGGGGGCCCUCGAGUGAGCGCACUGUCCCUGGACUGAGUACUUCUAGGACAGACUCGUCUUGGAAAAAAGCAGGAAAGAGCAGAAAACUCAAGUCCAGAAGGGCCAAGCCUCGGGGGCCCGUCCAGAGCACAGGGCCCGGGGGGCUGGAGCGCCCCCGGCACCCACUCGUCAACCCAGGUGCCAUGGCCUGGUCACCCUCCGACACAUGCCCGUCCAGCUGCCCUGCUGUGGCCUUCCCCACGCCAGUGCCCACGUUCCCCCUGCCCAUGUUCCCAGCGCCAGGCACCGUGGCACCCCCACCCGCAGCUCCCCACUCUGGCCUUGUGAUGCCUGCUCUGCCUAUGGACUCCCGGCACGAGUUUGCAGUCCAGCCCCUGCCCGUCCCAGCCCCCUGGGCCCCGGUCAUGGCCCUCAUGCUGUCCGCCUACCCCUCCCCACCUGUGGCCCCAAGCCUCCCCCAGGCCUGCUUCCCUGGCCAGCCUCACUUUCCAGGCCAUCCCAUGCUCCCCUCCGAAAUGACUCCUGCCUCACGGCCCGAGUGCCCCCGUCAGACCUCACUCCCCAGACAGCCCUGCACAUGCCCAGCCACCCAACCGUCAGCCACAGUGGCCACGGGCAGGGCCUCCCCGCCGCUCUUCCAGUCCCGAGGCAGCUCACCGCUGCAGCUCAACCUGCUGCAGAUGGAGGAGCCACCCGAGGGCAGCGCCGGGGCCGCAGCAACCACUGGAGCAGCAACUGCCAGGCCAGACUGCACACCUGGCAUUUCUCGGGACCAGCAGCCAAAGGCACCCCCAACACAAGACGAGCCCCCAGAGGCGCAGGAGAGCGAUGCCGUGUCUGUGUCCAGCGACCUGCUCCACCUCCUCCUGAGUGAGGACCUCUGCUCUGCCACGGGGUCAGCCCUGUCUGGCAGUGGGGCUUCUGCUGCCUCCGAGUCUCUGGGCUGCACCACAUCGCCCAGUGGGGCAGGCAGUACUGACACCAGUUGUAUCAGCAAAUACUUUGGAAGCAUCGACUCCUCAGAGAAUAACCACAAAGCAGAAACCAGCAGGGACAAGGAGCAAAGCGAGCACUUGAUGAAGUGCGUCCUGCAGGACCCCGUCUGGUUGCUGAUGGCGGACACAGACGACAGCGUCAUGAUGACCUACCAGCUGCCUUCCCGGGCUCUGGAAUCGGUCUUGAGGGAGGACAGAGAGAAGCUGGCGCUGCUGCGGAGGUUCCAGCCCUGCUUCACUGAGGGCCAGAGGCAGGAGCUUCGUGAGGUCCACCCAUGGGUCCAGACAGGUGGCCUGCCCACAGCCAUCGACGUGGCGGAAUGCAUCUACUGCGGAAGUGAAGAGAAAGGCAGCGUUCGCCUGCCAUACGAGGGAGACGUUCCUUCCCUGGGACUCGGGGACGCGUCAGACACCCAAGAAGAGGAAAGCGGACAUCCCCUGAGUCACAGGGAGGAAGGGCAGACGUAACCCCCGCCGCCAGCCAGGGAUCUGCGUCAGAUGGCGCUUGGAAGAGGCAGAAGAUCAUCACGGUUGUUUCUGAUGAAAUGGACAUUGAUGCUUACGUGGCUUUUUUGUCUUAGAAAAAAAAACAAAAACAGUUUUCCGAAGAGGUGAUUUAAAACUGGAGGGUAGGAAAGGUUUAGAAAGAAAUAUGUUUUCAUAUUUAAAAUAUAAACUGGAGUUUAGGGGUGGAGCAGAGAUUUUGGUUGCUACUGAACUUGAAAAAGACUGUGACCCGUCUUUGGAAGCAUCAGGGAAGUCGCCUCAGUGCCCUUGGAAGUUCUUGCACCGCAAGGAGACUUCUGUCCAGUGCACCAGCAUCCACUGGCCCCCUGUGGGUUGACCUAAGACGUCACAGCAGGCUGUGACAAGUAGCCAGGAAACCUGAGUGGCUCUGAGCUGAGCUCCAGUUUUCUGGAGCUUUACCAGGGUGUCUUUAGAUUGGGUCAGAUUCUGUCCUCUCUCAGGGGCUUGUCCAAGUGGUUAUUAGUCCAGCAAGGUGUCCGUUCAUAUACUGAACAGAGGGAACAGCCUCUCAUUUUCUUUCAAAGACUUCGCAUUAGGUGGUUAGCAGCAUAAUUCAACGGCUUUGGGUUCCAGUACUGUAGUGGUAAACAUUCGGUCUGACAUGGCUUUUGUUUGUAGUAAACAAAGUUGAAAUGCUCGCUUCAGACUGACAGAGCCUAGUGGUGUGUGUGACCAGCUUCACCAGCUCGAUGCCCACCCAGAUCCUUGUAUAUUCCUACGCUGUUCUUACACCCGUCCUAGACCAGACGGCCGAUAGUGGAGAAGUGUGUUAGCGGUCCUGUCUUCAUGGUGACCUCCCUCUGCAAACCAAGCCUUCAGCUGCGUCGGGGACCCAGUCAUGUUUGUUCCUUGAUUGGAGCCUUUCAGACAUGAGCUCCGGCCCAGCAAAGCCAGCGCCAGCUCCUGGCAGAGAGCAGCCUUGCCACUGUGACCUGGUGUGCGCAGCUUCUGACUCCAUCCGCGUCUUCAGGGUGCGGGGAGCUCACCUCACCUCUCCCUGGGCUGGCUGCCUGGCCCUCAUUGUUUCAUGUGCCUCUCUUGGUGUAGCUUCAGGUUUCUGCUGUGACAUCUGCCAGCAUUGCCAGCACUUUCAGAUCAUUUGAACUCUUGGGAAAUAAUAAGACCAACCUGUCCAACUUUAUAACACCUCAAGGUGCACCAGAUAUCUCACAGUCUGUUGAGAAGUGUGACCUCAGUCCCUGGUGUGAAUAAGAAGUCACCACUGAUGAAAUGACGAUGCUGGAAAAGCAGCAGGUUUUCCCUGUUCUUUGCUACAAGGUGGCAUCUCCUCAUAACACCGCUUUAUGCCUGAAUAUUAAUCCUAUUUUUAUUAAUAUAAGAACGCUUUUUUUUUUUUAAUUUACAAAACGACAGCACCUGCUGUUGCCCAACCUAAGGUGGUAGUCUCUGUGUUCUUGAAAAUGGAACGUGGUGGGCGACUGGCUGCCUGUGCCUCAGAUCAUAAGGAACAUCUAGAUGGCAGUCUAAGGUCACACUUAUGGUACCAAACACGAAACUGCCAAAACAUUCUCUUUCCUGUCAUGAAUGUUUAUCAUCAGCAUUAUUUUAUUUAAUAUGUGCUCUCUGGUUGUUAACUGCUAGGAAGUUGACCUCAUAGGGUAAUUCUGUGACUUUGUUUACAUGAUGCCAAGCAUCGAGUCCUGUUUCCUCCAGUAUGUGUGCUUACACGGGUGUCAGAAAACGUUUUGUCUAUUUUCAACUGAGCCUUCUUUUUAAUAUAUUCCUGAGAAGAUGUGUAAAUAAGCUCUCAGAGUUUACGUAAUGACUUGUUGAGCCUUGCAGGACAAGUGGUUUGUUCAUGUGCAAACCAAACUUUCUUUACCCAGUGCAAUAUAUUUGUGUGACUGCUUGUGUCUUUUUAUGACACUUUUGCCUUUUAGAAAAUUGGUAAAUAAAGCAAAUAUAUUUUUAUUUUCA